AUGGCUUACCAGGAUAUAUUUGGGGAAGCCGGAAGUGAACCAUUAACUGAGGACGACUACACAUCCCUGACAUCGGGGGGAAUGCUGACGGACAACGUUCUGAGAUUGGCAGUUCUCUACCUGUCUCCCGCAGUGCAGCCGACCAAUUGCGUGGCUUUAGACCCGAGCUUUCUAAACCAAUUUGAGCACCGUCUCGUACAAUACCGUCAAGAAUUCGCUGAUUCUGCACCUCCUGGGGGAGACAACCAAAAAGAUUGCUACGUUCUGAUGCCGUAUCUUAUCUAUAAUGGCAGUUCGCUCCACGGGCAUUGGGUAUUGGUCAUUGCUCAGCCCGCCCCCAACACCUGGACAAUCUUGGACUCCUUGAACAUGGUGUAUUAUUACAGGAACAAGCGGCGCUUAAUCGCAGAACUGGUGGUCAGCGUGCUCGAUAUGUGGUGGCCUCGUACGCUUGACAAUCCUGCCUGGAUAUUCGAGGCAAGCGACUGCACCCACCAAGGCGUGACUCUAAACUGUGGAAUCCACACAGUGGAGAACAUGUUUUCCCUGAUGAGUGGCUAUGAUCCACGUACCACGUACGUUGAUGGAACUGCUAGGCGGCAGGAAUACCUAGAAUUCUUUUCCGCGCUGGACGGGAGGACCACCACGGGGGUUAGGACCAGCCAACCAAAGGCGUCGUUUCCGAAUUGGGGCCCGGAAGUUCAGAUGACGACGCCGCCCGAUGAUAGGAACUCCUGGAAACCGAACGUCCCUCAGCAACCCAAAGUACUUUCCCCUUCCCCUUCUCCUGGAUUGGUUCCCACUUGGCUAAAACCUGAGCAACCCAAAACACUUUCUCAUUCUGCUAGAUGGGCUCCAUAUUGGAAACCUGAGCAACCCAAAACACAUCCUCCCUUUUCUAAACGGGUUCCACCUAUACAAGCGUUGUCACCUAUACAAGCGGUGCCACCUAUACAAGCAGGGUCACCUAUACAAGUGACGCUACCUCUACUAGCGAAGCCACCUUUUCGAGCGGCGCCAUCUAUACUGGCGAAGCCACCUAUACAAAUAUGCCCACAUAAACAAGCGGAGCCGCCUAAGCCAGCUGCUGCGUGGCUCAGUCCCUCGCAGAGCAUCAAAGCCAACGACGGAUCUCAACCAACUGAAGAAACCGAAACUUCAAAGUUUGUUGCUGAAAUGUGGCGGUAUUUGGAGGAAAAUAACCUCGGGCUUCCAUCCCAAGCGUCUAAAUUUUCUAGUCUCGGGCAGAACACAAACCCCGAGUGGGGAUUCCAACCGCCUGCAAGUUCCGAGAAUCCCAACCCAGCUUUGGCGCAUGGCUGCCCCGUAUGUGAUGCGCUAGCCCCACCUAUUCCAUGGGAGUUGGGUGUGCAUAGUGCGAAAUGUCUCCUUCGACGAUCCUAG